UUGGACAUGGGGGGAGGCUUCUACGUAAGUAAGGUUGUUGGGGUGGUGGACAUUGUGUUUGGUGCAGGGGCAGUGGCCACCAUAAUUGCUUUGGCGGUCGUUUAUUCUCAAGAAGUAGCUAAAAACAACGAGGUUGUCAGUCCGACUAAUGGAGGUUCCACUGUCAAGCCACCGGUCAACACACCUGUUAUACCCACAACUGCACCCUCUAAUGAACCAUGGGACAAGUACCGUCUCCCAGACACCCUGAAGCCUGACCACUACAACCUGACCCUGUGGCCUCGACUCACCGUCAACGCACAAGGCCUCUACAUCUUCACUGGGAAAUCCUAUGUGGUCUUCCAACGUGUGAAGGAGACAGACCUGAUCCUCAUUCACUCCAACAAGCUGAACUACACCAAGUGGGAUGAUGACCAUCUGGCUAAACUGACUGCUCUCUGUAGCACACCUGCACCAGCCAUUAAGGCUUCCUGGCUAAAAGUAACAACCCAGUUUCUAGUGUUGCAGCUGCAUGGCAAGUUAACUGUUGGAGAAUACUACAAGCUGGACACAGUGUUUGUUGGAGAGCUGGCUGAUGACAUGGGAGGCUUUUACAGGAGUGUAUAUAUGGAGGAUGGAGAACAAAAGUAAGUUGCUUAAACUCUGUGAUGCUGUGAUGUAGAUUGACAUGAUAGAUGUAAUAUUUUAUAUUUGAUUACACCUACAUUUGAGAGAUUCUUUCAAAACAAUUGAUAACCAUUGUACUGUUUGUCUCAGAGUUGUUGCAACAACUCAAAUGCAGCCCACAGAUGCCAGAAAAGCCUUCCCCUGUUUUGAUGAGCCUGCAAUGAAAGCCAUCUUCCACAUCACUCUCCUCCACCCCCCUGAUACAGUAGCCCUGUCAAACGGCAUGGAGCAUGGUCAGUACUGUGAAUGUUUAAAUUAAAGCGCACUUUGGCCUGUAUGGCUGAGAUCCUCAUAAGCAAUUAGAAGCUGUGAUGUACUGUACCACUCUGUAUCAUCUCACUCUCAGAUUGUUGUAAAUUAUGUUUAGUUUAUGGGAAACAUGCAGGUUCUCUGUUGAUGACCAAUCCAAAAUGGAACAUACUGUAUUUCAUUCAAAUCUUAUACCUACAACUGUAUUUAAGUUGUACGUAUUAAUAUAUACAGUACUUACAACUGAUCAAAACAUCUUCUUCUCUGUUCUCCUCUUUUACUCUACUCUUGCUCAGCUUCUGCUCCAGUCACUGAGGUGGGGCCCGAGGUGGCUGGGAAUGUUUGGAGGACAUCUUUCGAUGAAACUAAGAAAAUGUCAACAUACUUGUUGGCAUUUAUUGUCAGUGACUACGCCUAUAUUAACAGCUCAGCAGACAAUGUUCUGGUAAUUGUUUUAACCUAUUCUUUAGAAUAACAAAGUUUUAGACAAUUUUUGUCAUUUGUCACAUUCAAGGAAAAAGCUCAUAAUGUACUUGUGUCAUACUAACGGGAAUGACCUCAUUACAAGUCUAUGUGGAUAUAAUCAGGUUUGUGAUAUACAGUAAGAAGUACACUGCUGCUAAAUUGUUUGCAGAUCUGGAUCUAUGCCCGCAAAAAAGCCAUCGCUGAUGGACAAGGAGUUGCUGACAGGUGUAUAAAAUCAAGCACACAGCCAUCUCCAUAGACAAACAUUGGCAGUAGAAUGGCCUUACUGAAGAGCUCAGUGACUUUCAACGUGGCACUGUCAUAGGAUUCCACCUUUCCAAUAAGCAAUUUUGUAAAAUGUUUGCCCUGCUAGAGCUGCCCCGGUCAACUAUAAGUGCUGUUAUUGUGAAGUGGAAACGUCUAGGAGCAACAACGGCUCAGCCGUGAAUUGGUAGGCCACACAAGCUCACAGAACGGGACCGCCGAGUGCUGUAGCACGUAAAAAUCGUCUGUCCUUGGUUGCAACACUCACUAGCGAGUUCCAAACUGCCCCUGGAAGCAACGUCAGCACAAGAACUGUUCGUCGGGAGCGUCAUGAAAUGGGUUUCCAUGGCUGAGCAGCCGCACACAAGCCUAAGAUCACCAUGCGCAAUGCCAAGCGUCAGCUGGAGUGGUGUAAAGCUUGUCGCCAUUGGACUCUGGAGCAGUGGAAACGCGUUCUCUGGAGUGAUGAAUCAUGCUUCACCAUCUGGCAGUCCGACGGACAAAUCUGGGUUUGGCGGAUGCCAGGAGAACGCUACCUGCCCCAAUUCAUAGUGCCAACCGUAAUGUUUAGUGGAGGAGGAAUAAUGGUCUGGGGCUGGUUUUCAAGGCUCAGGCUAGGCCCUUUAGUUCCAGUGAAGGGAAAUCUUAACGCUACAGCAUACAAUGACAUUCUAGACUAUUCUUUUUUUUUUGUUGCCCUUUUUCUCCCCAAUUUCGGGAUAUCCAAUUGGUAGUUACAGUCUUGUCCUAUCGCUGCAACUCCCGUACGGACUCGGGAGAGGCGAAGGUCGAGAGCCAUGCGACCUCCGAAAUACGACCUUGCCAAGCCACACUGCCCACUUAACCUGGAAGCCAGCCGCACCAAUGUGUCGGAGGAAACACUGUACAACUGGCGACCGUGUCAGCGUGCAUGCGCCCGGCCCGCCACAGGAGUCGUUAGAGUGCGAUGGGACAAGGAUAUCCCAUGCGUCGCCUCAUGGGUCUCCCGGUCGCGGCGGGCUGCAACACAGCCCGGGAUCAAACCCGGAUCUGUAGUGACGCCUCAAGCACUGCAGUGCCUUAGACCACUGCGCCACUCGGGAGGCCCACAUUCUAGACGAUUCUGUGCUUUCAACUUUGUGGCAACAGUUUGGGGAAUGCCCUUUCUUGUUUCAGCAUGACAAUGCCCCCGUGCACAAAGCGAGGUCUAUACAGAAAUGGUUUUUCGAGAUCGGUGUGGGAGAACUUGACUGGCAUGCACAGAGCCCUGAGCUCAACCCCAUCGAACACCUUUGGGAUGAAUUGGAACGCCGACUGCAAGCCAGGCCUAAUCGCCCAACAUCAUUGCCCGACCUCACUAAUGCUCUUGUGGCUGAACGGAAGCAAGUCCCCGCAGCAAUGUUCCAACAUCUAGUGGAAAGCCUUCCCAGAAGAGUGGAGGCUGUUAUAGCAGCAAAGGGGGGACCAACUCCAUAUUAAUGCCCAUGAUUUUGGAAUGAGAUGUUCGACGAGCAGGUGUCCACAUACUUUUGGUCAUGUGGUGUACAUGUAUUAGGAUCACUGAUGAUGUGAAAACCUGUCAAAUGUAUUGUGGUAUAUUUAAAGCAAUAAACAGUUAAUGAAUGGAGAUUAGCACAAGCUAAGGAUUACAGUACUACCAAGAUAAUCUUAUCAAAGAGCAUUAUUGUGAUGAGUGUGAUAGAAGGAAUCAGGCGCAGGAGGGUAAUCACCGAAUGCAGAGUUUAUUCCAUCGUACACAAAUAGCGCUGGAUAGCGACAAACGAAACAGGCACAGGGGAAAAUCUACCCCGGAAAUAACAAGGUACGAGUAGCUCCACCGAGCUACACUACUCUCACAAUUAAACAAUCACCCACAAGGACAAGGGGGGCAGAGGGAACACUUAUACACGGACUAAUGAGGGGAUAAGAACCAGGUGUGUAAUAUAAACAAGACAAGACAAAUGGAAUGAUGCGAACAACGAAGUAUCUCAUGACAGAAAGGGAAUAUAUGCCGUGGGAGUCAGCUCUCGACAACUUUGACUUUUUCUACCUCAUAUUUGAUAGGAGUGAAGUCUAUGAGGAUAUGCAGGUUGGUUUAUUUUCUAGAAAGGCAAUAUGCAAACAAUACAAAAAUGUUUUUAAAAAUAGUAUAGGAAAUAAAAAAAUAUUGGAAAUAACACUUUAGUUGUGUUUGUUUCUGUAUUUUAGGCUUACCUAAAAAAAAAAAUUGAACCACUUUUUACAUACUAUAAGGGUAUCACUGACAACUGGAAAACAGUACCCACUGGACAUAUGGACCAGUGAGUUUAUCAAUAAUAUUUCAUUAUAAUAAUUUUAACCUGCUAUGUCUACCUUUGCACAGCACUAUGGCUUACUUAACUGCUUGAAAGCCAAAACAAUCCACUUACUUUAGUUGUACUGUAUCUUCCUACCCUCAGGUACAACCAGGUGAAUGCCAUUAGGAUGGCCUGUAGCACUGGAGUGAUGGAGUGUCAGAAUCUGACUAAAGGCUGGUACAGCCAGUGGAUGGCUGACCCUGUCAACAAUCCGUGAGUUCAGUGGGACUUGAACGCAAUUCAGAUUAAUUUCUCCAUACCAUUAACAGUGAAUAUCAAAAUGUUUUAGCACCACUAGAUUAAGAUUAAAAGGUGUAAUGAUAGAUAGGAUAUUCCAUGCCGCAAAAUUGAUAUAUUUUAUUUCCUAUUAGAAUACACCCCAACUUGAGGACGACAGUGUACUGCAGUGCUAUCAGUGCAGGGGAGGCUGCAGAGUGGGAAUUUGGUUGGGAGCAGUUCGAGGCUGCCAGCAUCGCUAUUGAGGCAGACAAGCUUCGAUCUGCCCUGGCCUGUACCAAGCAGCCCUGGCUACUCAACAAGUGAGUUAAGAGUGCUACGUAUCCAUGCCACAUUGGUCAAAUAUCCUCCUUGUGAAUGUGAUCUGUGAUUAUCCCUCCCCUAAGCAUCAGAGAGUAUUCAAUAAACAGCAAAGCAUUGAUUCUCUGCCUGGCAUAAAAAGGAGACAUUUUCAAGGAGUGCUUUAAAGAGACUAGUGUGUCUGACAUUAAUAUGAGGUGCUUCAAUGCUUCAUACUGUCUUUGUACCUCCUUGCCACAUUGAGGUACCUGGACUACACCCUGGAUGCAAACAAAAUCCGCAAGCAGGAUGUCACCUCUACCAUUGUUUACAUUGCAAGCAAUGUUGUCGGCCAGUCUCUGGCCUGGGACUUUAUGAGAGACAGAUGGGGUUGCAUCUUUACUCAGUGAGUUUGAGCUUUUAACACAUAUUGUAUUGAUUGUUUCAUUUCAAAGUAAUUAUUUGUCACAUUUGGUACACUGAUAUUUGAUCUAAUUCUUCAUUAGAUGCGGUUCUCUAACUUGACCUCUUCUUCUGUCAUAGGUACGGUGGUGGUUCUUUCUCCUUCUCCAAUCUCAUCGAUGGUGUGACCAAGAGGUUUUCAACUGAAUUUGAGCUCAAACAGGUAAUAUGACAGAUUAGGGGAUUUGUCAGCACAUAUUGCUCAUCAUGUUUGUAUUGGGAUACUAUGUGGACCCUGAAUAUUGAGGUUUCUAUUCACUGUCAUAGUUCAUGCAGUUCCAGGCAGACAACUCUGAGCUUGGCUUCGGCUCAGGUACCUUGGCAGUUUCACAGGACAUUGAGAGGACAACAGCUAACAUCAAAUGGGUGGCGGAGAACAGGAACUCAGUGCAGGCAUGGUUUAAAGCACAUGCUGAUAUACCAUAA